CCUCGUUUCCGGAAGUAGACCGGGAUAGUGUUGCCAUGGCGGCGUCUCUAGGGCAAGUGCUGGCUCUGGUGCUGGUAGCCGUCUUGUGGGGUGGCACGCAGCCGCUGCUGAAGCGGGCCUCCGCUGGUCUACAAGAGGUGCAGGAGCGGAAUUGGGCCCGACAGUUGCUGCAGGAGAUGAAGACCCUUUUCUUGAAUACUGAGUACCUGGUGCCCUUUCUGCUCAACCAGUGUGGCUCCCUUCUCUACUACCUCACCUUGGCAUCGACAGAUCUGACUCUGGCUGUGCCCAUCUGCAACUCUCUGGCCAUUGUCUUCACACUGAUUGUGGGGAAGCUUCUUGGAGAAGAUGUUGGUGGAAAACGAGCAGCUAUUGGCAUGGUGCUCACCAUGACAGGAAUUACUCUGUGCAUCAUGAGCUCAGUGAGCAAAACCCAGGAGCAGCCAUCUACCUUUUGAAUGGACUGAGCCCCACCUCUACCCCUGCUGUCUACGGGAAGCCCCUGUGCCGUCCCAGGCAGUGAGCAGCUGGACCAGCCCUUGCCCUCUCAGAGCCCCAACUUCCUCAUCUCUUCCGGAGAUAACAGCUACCUCAUGGAUCACAGUAAGAGAUAAGCAGUGGCAGGGCUUUGUAACCUUCAAGGUGUGCUAGUUGCUGAAUUAGCCCAGGAGACUUCACACUCCCUCUCAGCAGCCUUUCCACCCAGCAGCUCUUCUUGUGGACAUCUCAGACCACCAUCACCCAGCCACCGCCAACCUGGCCUGCCCCAGACUCUCAUGGUGGCAGGUUCCACGGAGUGCACAGCCCACCUGCAUGGAGAGGGCCAGCUGCAGUGGAGACCUUCAGGGCUCAGCCGGAGUGCCUUGGCUGACUGAAGGGUGGAACUGAGGGUGAGACAGUGCAUCAGGAUGGCAGGUGGGACAAAAGAGCUGCCUGUCACCCUGGAGGAAGGUGAAAAUGCUCAACUGUUAAUCCUUCUCAGACAACUGAACCCCAGUACCACGUAAUUAAUGCAGCACCAAUGCAACAUCUGGCCAGUGGCAGUCUUCAAUAAACCUGCACUAAGCAGACUGAGGUUAGAGAGAAUCCUGCAGGAAACAGCCUCCACAGCGAGGGCUGCUCUGCUCAGAGAGGAGGGAAAGUCUGGCUGUGGAC